CAGGAGGGGAACCAUCCGUCUGCACCGCCCGAGAAGGUCGGCUGGGUCCGGAAAUUCUGCGGGAAAGGGAUUUUCAGGGAGAUUUGGAAGAACCGCUACGUGGUGCUCAAAGGGGACCAGCUCUUCAUCUCUGAGAAGGAGUAGGGUUAUCAGUAGCACAGCCAUCCUGAAUCAUGGAAAAGACACGACCCGGGCUGCUAUCUUUUGACUCCAGCAGUGGAUCUGUAAAAGAUGAGAAAAAUAUUCAAGAGGUGUUUGACCUGAGUGACUAUGAGAAGUGUGAAGAGCUCCGGAAAUCCAAGAGCAGGAGCAAGAAAAAUCAUAGCAAGUUUACUCUUGCGCACUCCAAACAACCCGGCAACACAGCACCCAACCUCAUCUUCCUGGCCGUGAGUCCAGAGGAAAAGGAGUCCUGGAUCAACGCCCUCAACUCCGCCAUCACCAGAGCCAAGAACCGCGUCUUGGAUGAGGUCACCGUUGAAGAGGAUAGCUAUCUCGCCCACCCCACUCGAGACAGAGCGAAAAUCCAGCACUCCCGCCGCCCCCCAACUCGGGGACACCUCAUGGCUGUGAUUCUCCCCUUACACCUACCAAGAGCUAAGACGUCUCUGCUCUCAGUAAUGUCAUUGUCUUUGGGGGGAAAUGAGAUGUACCACCCAGGAAAAUUAAAAAUAGAGAAAGUGAAUACCAUACAAGAUGACGUAAACCUCUGUGUGGUGGGUAGCUGUCUUGAUGAAUGACCAUGUUAAGAUCUGCAUGGGGGCUGAGGAUACAGCUCUUGCCUUGCAAGCACAAGGCACGGGGUUCAAUCCCUGGCAUGCACCCCCCCCUGCAAAUACAAAAGAACUACAUGCAUUCAGAGGAGGAAGGAUCACAGCAAACCCCUGUACCAUACAGUCAAUGGUUUCUUUCAUUGAUCUGAGCUCUAAGUUUCUAGGAAGUAGAAGCAUGAAUGUAGACUUUGGAGUCGGGCACAAAGUAACUUUGUAGUUAACUGUGUGGUUCCUUGGAACUGCAUAUCUGUAAAAUGGAGCCGUUGAAUAUCCUUACCACUUUUUAAAAACCACUGUAUUCUGGAACAAAGAACACGGUUUGGCUGGGCCUGUGGUGCACACCUGUAAUCCCAGUGACUUGGGGGCUGAGGUAGGAGAGUUGCAAAGUCAAGACCUGCCUUGGGAAUGUAUCCAGACCCCGUUGGUUGGCUGGAAGGUAGCCUGGUGGCUGAGGUGUGGCUCAAAGGACGCAGGUAGAAAAGGACUGUGCCAAGUGGAGCGUCCUGUGUGUGCCAAGCCCAGUACUGUGCUUGGAGCCUCUGGUAGAGGAAGUAGACACCCCUCGGGAAGCUUGUAGCUAAGGGGAGAAUCUGGGUAACAAGCAGGAGAAAUGAAGUCGCAGAAAGAUAAAAAGUUCGAAUCUCCAUCCAAGGAAUUAAGAAAAGGCACGUUAGGUAGAAGGGCUCGCCUAGGGCGGAGAGGUCUCCCAGAGAAGGCACGGGGAGAAGGGGAUGGCAGCAGCUGGCGUCUGUCUUACAGACGUCACUGCUGAGAUCCCUACUGAUGACUGUUGACCGCCCUGAUUCCCACACCUUCU